AUGGCGUCCAACUUCGAAGAACGUCUUGCAAGCCUCGUCGAAAGUUUUCCAAUAUUGUACAAUAAAUCGCUGACAGAUUUUAAAGAUCGUAACAAAAAGAAAAAUGCUUGGAAUGAAGUAGCAGAAAAAAUGGAUUUGGAGACAGGUACGUAAUGAACUUACAUAUUUAUACGGCAAAGAGAAACAUCGACCGUUGUUAGCCUAACUUAAGCUUAGCUUGAUUAUAUUCUUUGCUUAUUUUUACGUAAGGUGAUGUUGCAAAGCAGAAGUUCGAAAAUCUUAGAGCCCGGUACACCAGGGAAAAGAAACGGGUUAAAAAAGCCAAAAGAUCGGGAACGUCCUCUGCAGAAGUGCUCGAUGCUCUUCGUGAGACAAGUGAUACAUUUCCCUACUUGCACUUCUUAGAUAAGUAUAUUUCACCUAGAGCAACGAAAAGCAAUUUGAUGCCCGUGGAAGGAUCAUCGGCGCAAGAAGGUAGUGAAGAAGACGUAAACGAGAAUGAUGCAAUCAGUGAUGACACGGUGGCGGACAUGGAUCUAAGUUCAGUUAUUCCAAGUGAAGACGAAGAAAGUGAAAGUACUACAGACCAAGAUAGCAUGAGGCAAGGAAUACGGAAAGAAAAAAGUGCACAGUCUUCAUCGAAGCAGUCCCGACAGACAAAAGAAACACGCAGGAACAAGCAGGAACAAGCAGGAACAAGCAGAGCAGCAGCAAUUUGA